CCAUCCGUCUUGGGCCUGUGCAGAACACCAAUGGCAAUGGGGCUGGGCGGGGAGAUGCCCACAUCCAAGAUGGCGUCCCCAAGAGCUGGGAGCGGGUGACCGGCGGCGGCGGCGGCGGCGGCGGCGGGGAAGCGGCCUGGGUCCGGCCCUCAGAUUCCGGGGUCCUGGGGGUGGCAUCCCGCGGGCGCCUCCCCCCCGUGGCCCGCCUACCAGGACCUCCCCGGGCCAGAGCCAUGGCCGCCGAGAACAGCAAGCAGUUUUGGAAGAGGAGCGCCAAGCUGCCGGGGAGCAUCCAGCCCGUGUACGGAGCGCAGCACCCUCCUCUGGACCCUCGGCUCACCAAAAACUUCAUUAAAGAACGAUCAAAAGUCAAUGCUGUUCCUCUGAAGAAUAAGAAGGCCUCGAGUUUUCACGAGUUUGCCCGGAAUACCAGUGAUGCUUGGGACAUUGGCGAUGAUGAGGAAGAAGACUUUUCCUCACCUUCUUUGCAGACUCUGAACUCAAAAGUUGCCUUGGCAACUGCCGCCCAGGUCUUAGAAAACCACAGCAAGCUGAGGGUAAAACCAGAACGGUCCCAGUCCACAACAUCAGACGGUCCUACAGGCUACAAGGUCAUAAAGUCCAGCAGUGAUGCCCAGCUGUCCAGAAACUCCAGUGACACAUGUCUGAGGAACCCACUCCACAAACAGCAGUCACUCCCUCUCCGGCCCAUCAUCCCCCUCGUAGCCCGGAUCUCAGACCAGAAUGCUUCCGGGGCACCCCCCAUGACAGUCCGGGAGAAAACCCGCCUAGAAAAAUUCCGUCAGCUUCUCUCCAGCCACAACACUGACUUAGAUGAGCUGAGGAAGUGUAGCUGGCCAGGGGUUCCCAGGGAGGUUCGGCCUGUAACCUGGAGACUCCUGUCGGGCUAUCUCCCAGCAAACACCGAGAGGCGGACGUUGACCCUGCAGCGGAAGCGGGAGGAGUAUUUUGGCUUCAUUGAGCAGUAUUACGACUCCAGAAACGAGGAGCAUCACCAGGACACCUACAGACAGAUUCACAUUGACAUUCCAAGGACGAAUCCUCUCAUUCCAUUGUUCCAGCAGCCACUUGUACAGGAGAUCUUUGAAAGAAUUCUAUUUAUUUGGGCCAUCCGACACCCUGCCAGUGGGUAUGUCCAGGGAAUUAAUGACCUGGUCACUCCGUUCUUUGUCGUCUUCCUCUCAGAAUAUGUGGAAGAGGAUGUGGAGAACUUUGACGUGACCAACUUGUCUCAGGAUAUACUGCGAAGCAUUGAAGCUGACAGCUUUUGGUGCAUGAGCAAGCUGCUGGAUGGGAUCCAGGAUAACUAUACCUUUGCACAGCCAGGGAUCCAGAAGAAGGUCAAGGCCUUGGAAGAGCUUGUUAGCCGGAUUGAUGAGCAGGUACACAAUCACUUCAGGAGGUACGAGGUCGAAUACCUACAGUUUGCCUUCCGAUGGAUGAACAACCUGCUCAUGCGGGAGCUUCCUCUUCGCUGCACCAUCCGCCUCUGGGACACAUACCAGUCUGAACCGGAAGGCUUCUCCCACUUUCAUCUCUACGUGUGUGCGGCCUUCUUGAUCAAGUGGAGGAAAGAGAUCCUGGAUGAAGAAGACUUUCAGGGUCUCCUCAUGCUGCUACAGAAUCUACCUACGAUACACUGGGGCAAUGAAGAGAUCGGGUUGCUUCUGGCUGAGGCAUACAGACUCAAGUACAUGUUUGCCGAUGCCCCCAAUCACUACCGCCGAUAGGUGCUGUCUCCUCUGGGGACCCAGACUGCCCCCAUCUUUGAUGGCAAUUCUCAUCACUGUGGCCACUGAGCGAGCCAUGGACCUUGGCUGGGAACCACUCCUGCUGUACAAAGCUCCCCCCGCCGCCGCCCAGGUUUCAACUUCUUGGCAUCCACCACUCCAUGUCUCUGGAUGUGUCUCUUGGACCACUCUCAGUAUUCCAUGCCAUGUGGAUGGGCCCAGUUCUGGGAGAGGACAGAAAAGGAGGUACAGGGUUGUCCGCCCCUUUAAAAGGAACUGGACAAAAGCAAAAGGGGGAGGCUCAGGGUCUCAACUCACAUUGUCCCUACACAGGCUGGCUGGCCCUUGCCUCUAGGCCUCAACGAUACCAAUUUUCUUUUUUUUUUUUUUAACAAAACAGGAAACACACACAAAAUUUAUUAAAUGCCUAAGGCAGGGGAUUAUUAGGCUGAUAACCUUUGCUUUUUGUGACUCACUUUGAGUUGAUCACCGUUGUAUGUGUUCAGAAGACCCCUGGCCCCGCUUCCUGCUUCUGGCUCCCUCACCGCACUCCCUCUGCUGUGUCUGAGCCAGUCAGAUGGAGGAGGCACCAAGGCUCAUCACUCUGGGAAGAGACCUAUUCCUAAGGGCUAGGACUUUUCUUUUUCCUUUUCUCACCAGAUGUCUAUGUGCGAGUGUAUACCAAGCCCAUCAGCGUUCUGUCACUGUCUGAGUUUCAGUGUCUGGUCUAGCCCAUCAGCACCCAGUGACCAAGCUGAGAAGGAUCAGGGCCAGGCAGGGAGGAGGGGGUUUUUCCCCUCUCCAAACCUUUUUUCCAUGAUGACCCACUCCAAGAUAUUAUGUGUAAAUUGUGUUAUUAUGUAUAUGGUAAAGAUGUACAAAUAUAUGUCCUUUGUAGCAGAUAUGAUUUUAUAUUUAUAAUGUGCAUCGACAUGUGAAAGCAAUCCUAGGUCACUAGCACAGAUGAAGUUGCCUGACUGGUGGCUUCUUUGGUCCGUUCCUGGGCACCCUGUCUUUGGGGGGGGACAGACUAGCAGUCUGCUGGAGUGGGUAUGGCUAAGAUGGAGCCAUCAGCCCACACAUCAGUGUCUCAGUUUUUCUUUUCUCCCAUCAUCCCAUGCCUCCUCAGCCUGGACCCUACCCCUCUCUUUAGCUGUGGAGCACCCCGCCCAUUGCCCCUAGUAC